AUGACGGAGGUGGCCUCGUCAGGUACGAUGCUUGAUUGGUUCCCAGGAGGAAUAAGACUCGUGCGGGCUGGAGGCACCCGAAAGUCUCCUCAAGCCCUUGACCCUUCGUGGCGUGCGCCAGGCGAUCCUCCCUCUCGCCUUGUUGUCGUUCUUCUUCGACGAUGCGCCACAACUGAGAUGAAGAACAACCGCACGGCUGGGGAACAUCCAAAUCUGUCGUAUUCAACGUCGCACGCCGUUGCCAUGAUCUCAGAUUCGAAGGGAAAUAGAAGUACCAGCCAAAGAAUACACGCCUCUUCUUGCUCUUCGGCCAUUUGGCCAGCGCCGCUGCUCUGCUGUGCCCGCUCGGCUGCAAGCUGUGCAGCUGAUGAUGAUCCCAUCGACCUUCUCCAAGCGGUAAGAGCAACCUACAACGCAAGGGCGCUGAUUCACCACAAGACCACCUGA